AUGAUUGGAAAAGGCUCUUUCGCAAAAGUAUAUAUGGCAACUAAAAAAUCUCAAAAUAUACAAUAUGCAAUCAAGGCUUUCAAUAAAGUAUUCAUGGCCAGCUAACAUAAAGGCAAAUAGUCUUUAAUAAACGAAAUUUCAAUAAUGAGAUAAUUAGACUCAGAUCAUUUAAUUAGACUAUAUGAAGUAUACGAAACAUCAAAUUCAAUUUAUUUCGUUGUUGACUUAUUGUAAGGAGGUGAACUCCUUCAUAGAAUCAGAGAAAAAGGAACCAUUAACGAAAAAGAUUUAAAAGUAUUAAUAAGAAAUUUAAUACUAGCAUUAAAUCAUUUACAUUAAAAAAAUAUCAUGCACAGAGAUAUAAAACCUGAAAACCUUCUACUUAAGAGUAAAUACUCAGAUUGUGAUAUUGUUGUGGCUGAUUUCGGAUUAGCAACAAAAACAGAUAUAUAAAAUAUUUUAUUUAAAAGAUGUGGAACACCAGGUUUUGUAGCGCCAGAAGUAUUAGAAUAUAAAGAAAUUGAUAAAUUUUAUGGAGUUUAAUGUGAUAUAUUUUCUGCUGGUAUUAUUUUUUAUUUACUUCUGACAGGAAAAUAGCCUUUUUAAGGAAAAGAUUAUAAAUAAAUUUUAAGAUAAAAUAAAGCUUGUGAGAUUAGUUUUAAUAUUCCUGAAUUAAAUAAAUUUAGUCCUUCAGCAAUUGAUUUAUUGAAAAAAAUGCUCAAUCCUAUACCGGACAAAAGAUUUACAAGUGCCUAGUGUUUAAAGCAUCCUUUCUUGGACAUAGAAGAAGAUUCAUUAGGUAUAGAAGCCAAUUUAUGUGGAAAUUUAGGUUCCUAUGAGGUAGAAUAUUUGGCAAAUGUGAGGAAUAAAUAGUUUGAUUCUCAAGAUAUGGUAGGCUCUAUGCCACUUUUCUCUACAGGAAAGCUUCCAAUGAAUGGAAAUAUCAAUACUGUCGGCUCAUUUUCAAAUGCUUCAUUUUCUAAUAUGGAAAGAAAAAUAAUUAUAAGUACAGGACCUGGUCAAAGUAGGUUUUCGAAUUAAGGAUCUAAUGAUUGUUAAAUAAUAGGUGGCUUUGAAAAAUAAUAUGUAUAAAUAAAAUGA